GGUUUUUCUCAGCGCGUGGAGCCGCGGAGCUGCCGUUCCCGGGAGCAGCGCCCCCCACCCGGCCUCAGCAUGGUGAAGCCGCGCUACAAGGGCCGCGCCAGCCUCAACCCGUCCCGCGCCAGCACCAACCCCGACCGGACGCAGGGUGCUGGCGGCACCAACAUGCGGGACCGGGCGACCAUCCGGCGCCUGAACAUGUACCGGCAGAAGGAGCGCAGGAACAAGCGUGGCAAAGUGAUUAAGCCUCUGCAGUACCAGUCCACGGUGGCACCAGGCACAGUAGCAAGAGUGGAGCCAAAUAUUAAAUGGUUUGGGAACACUCGUGUGAUCAAGCAGUCGUCCCUUCAGAAGUUCCAAGAGGAAAUGGAGACGGUUAUGAAGGACCCAUAUAGAGUGGUCAUGAAGCAGAGCAAACUGCCCAUGUCCCUUUUCCACGAUCGAAUUAGACCUCAUAAUUCCAAAGUUCACAUCCUUGACACAGAAACUUUUGAAACGACGUUUGGCCCCAAAUCGCAGAGGAAGAAACCAAACCUCUCUGCAGGUGAUGUGCAGUCUCUGCUGGAGACUGCCGAGGCCUCUGCUGGGACCUACAUCCAGGGCAAGGACCGAGACCUGGUGACAGAAGACACUGGAGUGAGGGAUGAAGCCCAAGAGGAGAUCUACAAGAAGGGCCAGUCCAAAAGAAUCUGGGGAGAGCUCUACAAGGUGAUCGAUUCAUCAGAUGUGGUUGUGCAAGUCCUCGAUGCCAGAGAUCCCUUGGGGACCCGCUCUCCGCAUGUAGAAUCUUACCUUAAAAAGGAGAAGCCUUGGAAACACCUCAUUUUUGUCUUGAACAAAUGUGACCUUGUCCCCACUUGGGCCACUAAACGCUGGGUUGCUGUCCUGUCCCAGGAUUAUCCAACGCUCGCCUUCCACGCCAGCCUCACAAACUCCUUUGGCAAAGGAGACUUCAUACAGCUCUUGAGACAGUUUGGAAAGUUGCACAUGGACAAGAAACAGAUCAGCGUGGGCUUCAUUGGCUAUCCAAACGUUGGCAAGAGCUCGGUGAUUAAUACGUUACGGUCUAAGAAGGUCUGCAACGUGGCCCCCAUUGCAGGUGAAACAAAGGUGUGGCAGUACAUCACCUUGAUGCGGCGGAUAUUUCUCAUCGACUGCCCCGGUGUGGUUUAUCCAUCGGGAGACACAGAAACUGACAUUGUGCUGAAGGGAGUGGUCCAAGUUGAAAAAAUCAAGAGCCCUGAAGACCAUAUUAGUGCAGUGCUUGAAAGAGCCAAGCCAGAAUACAUCCGCAAGACCUACAAGAUUGACUCCUGGAAGGACACUGAGGAUUUCCUUGAGAAGCUAGCCUUUAGGACUGGGAAGCUGUUAAAAGGUGGAGAGCCAGACAUGCCAACUGUGAGCAAGAUGGUCCUCAAUGACUGGCAGAGGGGCCGCAUACCUUUCUUUGUGAAACCACCCAAUGCAGAGCCGGGCCCGCAGCCCCCUAUGUCUUUGGAAGGAGCUGCAGCAGCAAGUCAAGUUGACGAGGGAGAGGAGAGCGCUGUGCCUGCAGCGCUGGAUGUGGAGUCGGCAGAGGGAGGGGAGAGCAGCACAAACACAAAGAUGAAGCAGGUCAUGUCGCAGGUCCGGCAAAACUUUGGGAAGAUCAAUGUGGCCCCGCAGUUCUCCAGAGAAGACCUGGUCCCUGUUGAUGUGUCGGACAUUGAUGAGACAGACUGUGAUUCUUCUGCAGAAGGGGAGGAGGAGAAGCCCCAAGACUUGGCUGAGGAGUCGAACUCCCCCCAAGAAAGUGCCGGGGGCAGCUCCAAGGCUGUUGUUAAGGCUUUAGAGGAGAAGAUUGCGAAAUACAAAAAAUUUCUGGACAAAGCCAAAGCCAAGCGGUUCUCAGCAAUAAGAAUCCCCAAAGGACUGAGUGAACAAGUAUUUGCAAAAUCUGAGCAGAAGUCUGAGGAAUCCAAAGAAGAAGUACGAGAUGGAGGGUGCACGAAAAAGGGGAAGAAAAGGAAAGUACAGGAGGAGGAGGAAGAGGACCUCUCCACCCGCCAGGCUAAAAAGCCCUGCAAGAAGCUAACAUCCAAAGAAAGGAGAAGAGCGGACAGACAGCAGCGCUCCAAAAAAGUUGGGGUCCGAUACUAUGAGACUCACAAUGUGAAAAAUAAGAACCGGAACAAGAAGAGGAGAAACUUGGAGGGACAGAGAGCAAAGCACAAGAAACCCAAACACAAGCAGUAACAGCUGGUGCCUUGAUUAAAUUUUACCCAAACCUGU